AAACCCAAAAUUAUCAUCAAGCUUUUUGUGAAUUCUGACGCAGAUUAUCGUUUGCCAUCUCCAAAGUAGUAUAAAUACAAUACACUCAAUUUACAAUUAUGUUCAUUCCAUAAAACAAGGUCUACAUAUACAAAUUAAGGAAAUUAAAUUAUCAUGAAGGCUGUUGCAGUAGUACUAGUUCUACUUAUGCUAGCCGCGGUUCAGCUAGCAAUGGCUGCACGGCUAGAACAAGAAGGCGGAAUUACUUGUAGUCGAGUAGAUGCCAGUUUGGCACCCUGUAUCACGUUCCUGACACAGGGUGGAGAGCCCGGUGCAGCCUGUUGCAGCGGGGUCAACACCUUGAAGGGUAUACCUGGGUCCACUAAUGAGGAGAGGCUUGUUUGCAAUUGUGUUAGGGCUGCAGUGAAUCGAUACUCCAACCUUAAAGAUGAUGCUGCACAGGUUCUCCCCAGAAAGUGCAGCGUAUCGCUCAACUACCCUAUCUCCAGGACCUACAACUGUGACCCAUUCGCUUAACUAAAUUACUAAACCAGAUGGGAAUAGUGUUUCGCAAUGGUGUUGGUUUAGUUUAGUUAUAUCUACAUAUAUGUAUUAUAAAUAAACAAAGGGUUGUUAAACCCUUGAACAUUGUAUAUACUCAAUAACUAUGAAGUAAUUUUGGUAUUUUACUAA